AUGAAUGCCAUCAAGAAAAAGCUGCAAACUUUGAAAAUCGAGAAGGAUCUGGCGAUCGAUCGCGCCGAUGCCUGUGAGCAGCAGGCCAAAGAGGCCUGUCAGAGGGAGGACAGGCUCAAGGAUCAGCUGAAGGAGCUCAAGAAGAAACUGGCGCAGAUGAAGGGCGAUCUGGACGUGAGCAGGCAGCAGCUCAGCGACGCCAAUGCCGAUCUCGACGACAAGGAAAAGUCUUACCUCAUGGUUAGUGUCCAAUCGGAGCUGGCCAUGUUGAAUCGCAAGAUGCAGCAGUGCGUGGAGAAUCUGGAAAAGACCGAGGAGCGGCGCACGGUGGCGCAGACGAAGCUCGCCCAGGCCCUGCACACUUGCGAGGACGCCAAGAGGAUGUGCAAGAAUCUGGAGAACCGCAGCAAGCUCGACGAGGAGCGCAUGGAGAGUCUCGUGAGCCAACUGAAGGAGGCGCGCUACCAAGCCGAGGAUGCCGACAACAAGUCCGAGCAGAUAUCGCGACAGCUGGCCCUGGUCGAGGACGAGCUCGAGUCCGUCGAGGAUAGGGUCAAACUCACCGAGGCGCAGAUAGCUGAAAAGGAAAACAAGCUGUUCAUCGUCGGCAACAUUCUCAAAUCGCUCGAAGUUUCCGAGGAGAAGGCCAAUCAGCGCGUCGACAUAUUCAAGAGCCAAUUGAAGCAUCUAAAAGCUCGACUGAAGGAAACGGAAAAGCGAGCCGUUUUCGCGGAAAAGUCCGUCAAGUCGUACGUCACGGAGCUUGAUAUGAGAGAAGAUCGACUGCGCAAAGAGAAAGAAAAGUUCAAGUACAUAUGCGCCGACUUGGACUCGACGUUCGCCGAGUUGACCGGCUAUUGAAGAAUGAGAGGCCGAACUUUCUUCGUCUCGUUCUCUCGCUCUUUUUUUCUCAUUCUUUAUACGUGCUCGUUCGUAGUAAAACACGUUGGUUGAUUCGGCGUGCACGCGCGGAGGCAGCAGCAACUAUUUCUA